AUGGCCAAGUACUUCAGCCUGGUGUUGUUUCUUGCCUCCAUCUGGACCACAAGGCUCCUGGUCCAAGGCUCUCUCCGCACAGAAGAGCUUUCCACCUCAGGACCAUGCAGAAUCAUGGGGGUCACUCUUGUGAACAAAAAGACACACCCGCAGCUGAAUUUCACAGAAGCCCAGGAGGCCUGUAGGCUCAUAGGACUAACUCUGGCCAGCAAAGAACAGGUUGAAGCAGCAUGGAAAGUUGGCUUUGAGACUUGCAGCUAUGGAUGGGUUAAAAAUCAGUUCGUGGUCAUCCCUCGGAUUAUCCAGAACCCCAAGUGUGGGAAGAAUGGGGUGGGCGUCCUCAUUUGGAGAAGUUCACUCAACCAGCGGCACAGGGCCUAUUGUCACAACUCAUCUGAUACCUGGAUUAACUCAUGCUUUCCAGAAAUUAUCACCACCGAUGAUCCCAUAUUCAACACGGAAACUGCAACAUACACAACAGAAAUGAUUGUCAGUGAGAGUACACACUCAACGUUGUCUACUGAUGGACCUGACUCUAUUACACCCACUGUGGCUCCUGCUCUGGCUUCCACUUCUAUUCCACGGAAAAGAAAAUUAAUUUGCAUAACAGAAGCUUUUAUGGAAACGAGCACCAUAUCUACAGAAACUGAAUCAUAUAUUGAAAAUAAAGCGGCAUUCAAGAAUGAAUCUGUUGGGUUUGGAGGUGUUCCCACGACCCUGCUGGUGCUUGCGCUCCUCUUCUUUGCUGCUGCAGCUGGCCUCGCGGUUUGCUACGUCAAAAGGUAUGUGAAGGCCUUCCCUUUUACAAACAAGAACCAGCAGAAGGAAAUGAUAGAAACUAAAGUAGUGAAGGAGGAGAAGGCCGAUGAUAGCAACCCUAAUGAGGCAUCAAAGAAAAUGGAUAAAAAACCCGAGGAGCCCAAGAGUCAACCCAAAACCACAGUGCGAUGCCUGGAAGCUGAAGUUUAG